AUGAUCUGGUAUCUUCUCUAUCCUUUCAGAGGAACUACCGAAGGUCCUGUGCUAGAGGAAUCGCAUCCGUUACGUAUCGCCUUCGCGCGGUACGGACGGUACGCCGCUAGCCAUGUCGUGACAACCUUGCUGGUCUCCGUCGCUGUCGCUACCGUCCUUAUUUAUCCCUUCCCUUUCCUCUAUACCACCGACUUUACCAGUGGCGCGUCUAUCCUCCCCGAACAUGCCUGGACCGACACCUUACCUCUUGUCGACAAGAACAGAGUCGAACCUGACGUUAUUAUGCGCUCGAUAUGGGUUCAUGGCAAUUAUUUCCAGGCUCUAAAUAGGAACGUACUGCUAAGUGCGCUGGACCUCCAGGACAAACUGCUUGGCCCUACAGUUAAUUUUAACCCACGGCGUUAUAUCGCUGGCGAAAUCGAUACUACCAAUGCUACGAAUACGGACCUCACACUCGACCAGCGCGAUGUCCUUCAUGUUGCCAACGGUUUAACGAACCAGUCUUGGUUCUUCCAGUCCCCACUUCAAUAUUGGUCGUGUUCCCCGGAGGCCAUAGAACAGGAUGAUGAUAUUAUUGCUACGGCAAACGAGAGAAAGACGCAGUCGACAUCUGUCAAUGUGACCCUAAGGCAUUCGACUGUGUUUAGCGGGAAACGCUUCCAGGAUCGCCGGCUCGUCGCUGCUGAUGCCCUUGUCAUCACCCUUGUCCAUCAUCGAGACUCUCCGGUUGGACGUCAAUGGCAGGAGAAAGUCCAAGCUCUCAAACAAAACACGGAUGAUAAUUGGGACAUAUUUAAUUAUUCUCCGAACGGAAAAACCAGCGAAAUGUAUGAGUUUCAGUUUCGUCCUAUGUCGUCUCAGGAUGUCUUUCUUUUAGGGCUAGCCUAUAUUCUCGUCCUCAUUUACUUCUUGACCAGUCUGUCUAAGUUACGGGCCGUCAAGUCGAAGGUGGGAUUGAUGGUUACCGUCAUAGCUCAGAUUGUCCUCGCCAUAUUUUCAAGCUUUACUAUAUGUGCCAUUUUUAAGAUCGAUCUGUCGAGGAUUCCCCGCUUAGGAUACCCGGUCGUUAUCUUUUCUAUGAGCUUGGAGAAUAUCUUCCGUCUCAUAAAUGCUGUCAUUCUCACUCCAUCCGAACACAACACAAGUAAGCGGAUUGGCUACGCAUUCGGUGAGACAGGCUACGUUGCUCUCACCAGCGUCACUCAAAAUCUCGUCAUCUUAUAUUUCCUGUCGAAGCUCGUAUCGCCUGGUGUCUCGGCAUUUUGCACCUUCACGGCGAUUGCGUUAAUAUUUGACUUCUUUUACCUAUCAACCUUCUUCCUAUCCGUACUUAGUGUCGAUGUUCGACGUACCGAGCUUAGCGAUGCACUCGCAAAAGCUUCGAUCCGAUCUCAUCGGUCUGCCUCCGACCCUCAGUCGCGGCAAACGUGGUUAGAUGCGAUGCCACAGGGGAGGAUCGCCAUGUCAACACGCAUUGCCGGAACCAUUGUGAUGGUCGGCUUCGUUCUCAUCUCUCAGUGGCACUUUUUCGAGAAUGAAAGUGUCAUAAGAGCACUGACUCGGAUUCUCCGCAUCUCUCCGAAAUACAAGAAUCUUUCGCUGUCUUCAUCUCUGAGCGAAGUUCAUCAAGGCAGAAGUCCAGCAUCGUGGUUAGGCCUUCAGGAUCAUGAGACGGCCCGGGAACUUAUUCACGUUAUCAAGCCUGAUGCCCAUAGCUAUAUCGCAAGGGUCUUCUAUCCCACAAUUUUCGUUCUCAAGGGAUCAGACCGGAGCCUUUCAGCAAGCGAGCCAUGGUUUCCGCCAGCCGUUUACGAUUUCCUUCGCCAUCAAUCAUCCCCUUUCAUUGUAACUAUGAUAGUCAUUGCGGCUGCAGUUCGCCUACUGAUGAACUACCUACUGUGGGAUGAAUUAGCAGAUUCUGCGAGGAUUGAUGGUGCUGAUAAUGAUCCUCUCCUUUCGGUAAAAACCCUAAGCAGAGGCCAUACUUUGGACGUCGCCUUACUCACAGCCUCCUCUGAUGGUCACCUGGUGUCUAUCGGGCUAGACCGAGUUAUCCGAGUAUGGGAUAUCAAAGCUGGCGGCGAGAGCUACGUGUUGGGCGACAGUGCCAACCUGUUUAAUAUCCCGUUUCCUAUUUUGGCCGUGUGUAUUGACGACGACUCUCACUGGCUAGCACUCUUAACCUCGGGCAAAGUUCUGCUGUGGCAUCUCGUCGAUUUUCGGUGGGGUCCUAUGCUCGAGGUAGAGCCGGAUCGACAUAAGCCCGAAGCCUUUUUCUUCGUUCCCGAUGAUUCUGCAACCGUUCCUUCUUUGGUAGUUAUUCGGCGAGAUGGCUCUCUCACGGAACUGAAGAUAGAUCAAGUACGACCCGAUAGCACUAUGCUUACCAAAGGGAGUUCGAUUGUCUCCGUUAGCUCUCUUGCGGAAAAAGGGUAUCCUGCUCAAGUUAUAGCUUCUACUCGCGAAGGUCAAGUGCGCAUUGCUACCCAAGAUGGCACUCAAUGGUCCUCUAGUAUAGUGAACGAAGGCAGUUCGACCGAGCGUGAGCUUGUCUCAAUCCAAUCCUUACCAGAGUUGGAUUUCUUCCUCGUCAUCCGAUUUCAGACCGUGGACCUGGUAGAUUCCCAGACGCUCAGAGCGAUCUAUACUUUCAACACGGACCCUAUUCAACCGAGAAGCGUGAAAUGCUUUCACUCGAGACCACGAAGGAUGCGAUGUGGCUCUGUUGCCUUAUGGAGCUUCACGAUAGCAUAUAACCAUGCUUACACCCGAGACCUGAUGGUACACACCUAUAGUCCACAGAAUGAGGGAGAGUCGCUGUGCUUUUGUGAACCAGCAUCACCGACGAGAAAGACGUGCUGCCCAUGGCAAAGAGCCAAGGUAUCGAAACGGACUAUCAAAAAUCCCGGAGUCUGGGACGCUUUGCCCUGUGGGAUCAUCGUGGGUGUCCGAAAGAAAACAUCAGAGAAGGCUCGAGCGGAUGGCCACGAUGAUCCUCCGCAUCUCCAACAGCUCAGUAACCUUAGACGUCGUCAUCAACCAUCUCAACCUACGAAUGGCCAUAUUGCCCCAGAUAAUAACUGGCAAGUAUGGAUGUUCUCCCACUUCGGUAAAAAGGAGACAUGGGAGACGCUCCCGUUAUGUUCGAAGGUUGAGGAUGACGGACACCUCUUCGUCAACAGUCUCGGACCGAUGGCGAGGAUCGGCCGUGCGAGUUUGGCCAUUGGACUUAGUAAUGUCAUCAAGGUCAUCGUGGUCGGCAAUGAGCGAUUCGAGACUGGAGACAGAGCUCAACCUGAAGACGGGAUGCCCGCGCUGGGAAAUCGUCGGCGUAAGGGGCCCUCGACUCUUCGCGCGAAGCAUGUUUCACACUGCCCUCAUUGUUGA